GCCGCGCGGCUGAGGGGAGGCGGCGGCGGCGCGGCCGCUCCCGGUGCCGCUCCCAUCGCUCGCCCCGUUCGCGGCGCCGCUGCCGCUCCUCAUCCCGCUCCUGCCCACUGCGAUGGUGCCCGGGCGGAGCCGCGGCGGCGGAGGGGCGGCAGUGCCGCUGCUGCGCGGCUCCAGCCGGGCAGGGCGGCAGCAGCAGCAGCAGCAGCAGCAGUGCAGGAGUUGGCUGUCUUUCAUUCCAGAUGUUUUCAUGCCAGGUGAUUUACUCCUUAUUUCUUUGUGGACUCCUUGUUUCUUUGUGGAGACCUUAAUUAAUUUGGGAUUAGGAUUCCCAUGGCACGUGAGCUAGAGGAUCAUUUGGAGUAGGAGGUGUCUCUGUGCUGCCCAAGAUGGUGGGGAAGCUGAAGCAGAACCUGCUGCUGGCGUGCCUGGCCAUCAGCUCGGUGACCGUGUUCUACCUGGGCCAGCACGCCAUGGAGUGCCACCACCGCAUGGAGGAGCGCAGCCAGCCCCCCCGGGGGGACAGCGGCAGGGCCACCACGCUGGGGACAGCCCCCAGCGGCAACAGGAGCCUGCCCUACAGCAAGGACAUGCCCCUGAUCUUCAUCGGCGGCGUGCCCCGCAGCGGCACCACGCUGAUGCGCGCCAUGCUGGACGCGCACCCCGACAUCCGCUGCGGCGAGGAGACCAGGGUGAUCCCCAGGAUCCUGGCUGUCAAACAGAUGUGGGCCAGGUCCAGCAAGGAGAAAAUCCGCCUGGACGAGGCAGGAGUCACGGAUGAGGUGCUGGAUUCGGCCAUGCAGGCCUUUCUCCUGGAGAUCAUCGUCAAGCACGGCGAGCCCGCUCCCUAUCUGUGUAACAAGGAUCCCUUCGCUCUGAAAUCCUUGACUUACCUGGCCAGGAUUUUCCCCAACGCCAAGUUCCUGCUGAUGGUGCGGGAUGGCCGUGCCUCUGUGCACUCCAUGAUCUCCAGGAAAGUCACAAUUGCUGGCUUUGACCUGAACAGCUACAGGGACUGCCUGACCAAGUGGAACCGGGCCAUAGAAACCAUGUACAACCAGUGCAUGGAGGUGGGCUUCCAGAGGUGCAUGCUGGUGCACUAUGAACAGCUGGUGCUGCACCCUGAGAGGUGGAUGAGGACUCUGCUCAAGUUCCUGCACAUCCCAUGGAACCAGGCAGUGCUGCACCACGAGGAGAUGAUUGGAAAAGCAGGGGGGGUUUCUCUUUCCAAGGUUGAAAGAUCCACUGACCAAGUGAUCAAGCCAGUGAACGUGGAAGCCCUGUCCAAGUGGGUUGGGAAGAUCCCAGCUGAUGUCCUGCAGGACAUGCCAGUGAUUGCCCCCAUGCUGGCCAAACUGGGCUAUGACCCCUAUGCCAACCCCCCCAACUAUGGGAAGCCAGAUCAGAAAGUGGUGGAGAACACAAGGAGGGUCUAUAAAGGUGAAUUUCAGCUUCCUGACUUCCUCAAAGAAGUGCCACAGCUGAAGAAGACAGUAGAAAGGAAGUCUCGUGGCAAGAUAAAAUGACCAUGGAUCAGUAAAGUGCCAUAGCUGUAGUGUGUGUCUCAUGUUUUCAGAAAAUAACCCUGCUGUGGCCACCAAGUCUUCCUGAGCAGCCUUUGUGUGAUCUCUAACGUGGGCUUGGCUUUUUGCUGCCUGUUUGCCAGCUUGGAUCACUCAGUGCUCCUGCUUUGCUCAGCUCUGGAGAACCAUCCCAGCCCUUUGCUGCUGUCCCUGUCACUGAGUGUCUGCCCCAUGUGUGCUGCUGGGUCACUCCUGGGAUUGCUGCUGGGGUUGCAGAGCAGCCACAGCUAAAGCUGCAGGAGCAGGCUGUGCCUCACCAGAGGGGGAUAUUGCUGAGAAGGGUUGAUGGAAAUGCAGGGAGAUCCUUCAGAACUGAUGGUGUGCUAGCAAAAAAAUCCUUGAUUUGGAAUAAAUCCUGGGUUAAAUCCUUUCAAUCCUUGUUUGCAUACAGUAUCAGUUAAAUUAUGCUGUUUGUGGUUUUCAUUAUCCUGGGAUACCCAAAAGAACCUGACUGAUAAAUUAAUUUUUCACUCCAGAGGAUAGGGAGGUUCCUGCUAAAUUCCAGUAAGUGGAUUUAUAGAGUUAGCUUGGUUUAAAUACAAUAUUUACCAAAAUCUGAGCAGAUUUAUCCAUAGCAAAGAAUCCCAACUAAAAGACAAAAAUAAGCACUGGAGGAGUAAAAGAAUAUUCCUUAACCCAUAAAAACUUGAUCAAAUUGAUGCUGAUAGUAUUCUCCUUUAACUAAACAGCUCAAAGGUUUAGAGAACAGACAUUGGUAAUGAUAUUUUUGUUCUCUAAUGUAAAAUAGCUAAUUUAAUUUUUUUUUUUUUUGACAGACUGAACCUAUGGAAUAGAAGAGAAAAUGGACAUUUCUUGCACAGAAGCAGAUCAGCUGCUGCCUUUUCCAUGGGAAUGAUCCCUCAGGCCUGUCCCCCUGGGGUCAGAGAUGUGCUGCUCAUGGCCUGCUCUCUUCAGAAUGUUCUCUCCUGUUUCUUUCAUCCUGUUUUUGUUCCAAAUUCUGCUGUUGUGAGCGCAUGUAAACCUGUUAAAAAACAAAAAAACCAUCACUGAUGUUCAUGUGGAACUGCAUUACAUUGGCACAACUAUUUUUUUUAAGGUUUUAAAAAAUGCAAAAGCAAUGCCUGCAAUUGCUCCUCUGUUUUAAUUACAGGGCUCCAUUUUUUAAAGAUUUUUUUUUUUGUUUCUUGUAGCAGUUUGGUUUUAAAUGUACAAAGCUUUCAAGAGUGGUCUGUGCUUGUCCUGAAAGAUUUUUGGUGAAACACUUGUUUGUUUUAUUCAUAUGUGGAAAAUGUUAAAUAUCUUCUAUUUAAAAAAAAGAAAAAAAAAGUUGAUAAAUUACAUGUACAAUUACAAUUCAAUGAUCUUUUGUAUUUUAUUUUUCAAAAUAAAUGCUUUAAAUGUGA